AUGGACCACUAUCAGAAGCCGCAGGACCUCGAUGAACGACCUUCUUCCCGCUUUGCAGCAAUGAGACCUGACAGAAAGACACUUCCGCGUCUAUUUCGCAAUCUAAAAUAUUUCUUCCUCGACUCCUGGUUCGACAUUAUAUGCAUACUCAUCAUCGCGGGCAUUGCAGGAGCUGUCUGGAUAAUCCAAGCCCACCCGUCCCUACUCUUCCCCCUCCUCGCGCCCGACGGUACGACAUAUAAUCCUUCAAUAUCCUACCCUUACCGAGAACCGAUUUUUUCUUCCCUGGCUGCCGGUUUAAUUUGUGGAUUCAUUCCGGCCGCCAUCAUCCUCUUCGCGCAAUUCUGGGUUCGCUCUUUCGCGGACUGUUCUUCCGCCAUCUUGGGUCUGCUAUACUCCCUAUCCUCAGGGACGUGUUUCCAGGUCAUCCUGAAGAAGUCCAUCGGCGGGUUGCGCCCACAUUUUUUGACCGUCUGUGAGCCCGUCAUUCCUGAAGGCGUCGUGGGCCAAGGAUUCAAUGGUAUCAUGUACAGCGUUGGGCAAGUGUGUACGGGUAAUCAAUCAGACGUUAACAAUGCGCUGCAAAGUUUUCCAUCAGGACAUACUGAGGUCGCUUUCGCCGGGCUCGGGUAUUUGACCAUCUACCUCUUUACGCAUUUGAGGAUUGGAGAUCGCGAUAGAAGCGUCAAGGCAGGCUUCUGGCGCAUGGUGGCUGUUCUCGCCCCUAUUCUACUCGCGACGUACAUUUCUUGCACACUGGUUCUUGGGUACCAUCACCAUGCAUAUGACUGUUUCUUCGGCGCGGCCAUUGGAUCCUUGACGGCCCUCUUGGGAUACCGCACCGCGUUCCGCAGCAUUACUGACUCGAGAACGAAUUGGAAGCCGAGAGUUGGUCGGAGAUUGAAGAGAGCAUUGGAGAGCGAUGCCACAGAGUCGGAUGAGCAUGGACAUAGAGAUCUUGAAGAGGGAUUGACUGGUGGUGUCGGUGGUGGUGUUCACGUCAACGGUAAUGCCAAUGGCGGGGAAGGGGACAGGGCCAGGGGAAUCCAGCUCGUCAACGGCGACAGACGUGCCCCGUUCAGACGGGGUGUGAGAGAGUCUCUGAGUGACGGUGAUACGGAGAACGAGAACGAAGCACGUAAUUGA